CAACCAGGGAUGUUGCCGCGGGGAACUUGGAGUCGUACCUGCCGGGAGACGGACCAAAUGUCAGCAACCAGGGAUGUUGCCGCGGGGAACUUGGGGUCGUACCUGCCGGGAGACGGACCAAAUGUCAGCAACCAGGGAUGUUGCCGCGGGGAACUUGGGGUCGUACCUGCCGGGAGACGGACCAAAUGUCAGCAACCAGGGAUGUUGCCGCGGGGAACUUGGAGUCGUACCUGCCGGGAGACGGACCAAAUGUCAGCAACCAGGGAUGUUGCCGCGGGGAACUUGGGGUCGUACCUGCCGGGAGACGGACCAAAUGUCAGCAACCAGGGAUGUUGCCGCGGGGAACUUGGGGUCGUACCUGCCGGGAGACGGACCAAAUGUCAGCAACCAGGGAUGUUGCCGCGGGGAACUUGGGGUCGUACCUGCCGGGAGACGGUCCAAAUGUCAGCAACCAGGGAUGUUGCCGCGGGGAACUUGGGGUCGUACCUGCCGGGAGACGGACCAAAUGUCAGCAACCAGGGAUGUUGCCGCGGGGAACUUGGAGUCGUACCUGCCGGGAGACGGACCAAAUGUCAGCAACCAGGGAUGUUGCCGCGGGGAACUUGGGGUCGUACCUGCCGGGAGACGGACCAAAUGUCAGCAACCAGGGAUGUUGCCGCGGGGAACUUGGGGUCGUACCUGCCGGGAGACGGACCAAAUGUCAGCAACCAGGGAUGUUGCCGCGGGGAACUUGGGGUCGUACCUGCCGGGAGACGGACCAAAUGUCAGCAACCAGGGAUGUUGCCGCGGGGAACUUGGAGUCGUACCUGCCGGGAGACGGACCAAAUGUCAGCAACCAGGGAUGUUGCCGCGGGGAACUUGGAGUCGUACCUGCCGGGAGACGGACCAAAUGUCAGCAACCAGGGAUGUUGCCGCGGGGAACUUGGAGUCGUACCUGCCGGGAGACGGACCAAAUGUCAGCAACCAGGGAUGUUGCCGCGGGGAACUUGGAGUCGUACCUGCCGGGAGACGGACCAAAUGUCAGCAACCAGGGAUGUUGCCGCGGGGAACUUGGGGUCGUACCUGCCGGGAGACGGACCAAAUGUCAGCAACCAGGGAUGUUGCCGCGGGGAACUUGGGGUCGUACCUGCCGGGAGAUGGACCAAGUAUCGCAACCAGGGAUGUUGCAGUGGGAAUCGUAGGUUUUUGCUGAUGGUUUCGAGGCUUGAAUUCUACUCAGAUGCUUGUAGUAUACAGUUUCGUUUGAAUUGGUGAAGAUGAAAUAAGUUUGAUGUUUCUUGCGUAAUAGUUUGACUAACAAUGACAAGUUGUUUUUCCACUCUGUUCCAGGGCCACCUACGUUGAAUUGUUGUUCUUGAUCACAACCUCGUUGCUAUCGGUAACACCAAUGUUUUGU